AUGACAACAACUCUGCUGCCCACAGAGCUCUUUGACCACGUCGCCAACUUCCUCGCCUUACCCGACUUUGCGUCCCUCACACGAGUCAGCAAGGAAUGGCAUCAGAUCUGGACCCGACAUCUCUGGAGGUCAAUUCAUGUCCGCCAUGAUGGCCACCUCGACCCCUUCAACACCCCCGAAGCCAUCAAAAGUAGGCUCCAGCAUGGUAACUACAUCAGGGCUCUCCACCUCUGCGACUUUUCCAUGGUCGAGCAGAUCAUGCUCGAUACCAACAUUCGCCUACACACCCUCGAUCUCCUCGAUACCUCUCGCACCCUUGGUCUCUACAAGUCUCAACCCGACAUCCUCUUCCAGAUCCUCCAAAAGAGCCCCUCCCUCGUUACGCUCAAAUUGGCCGAGUGUCCUCUCGAAUACGAACGCUUCCUCUGCACAAUCAUUGAGUGUUUGCCUCGACUCAAGACCCUGGAUGUCCUCGAUGCAGAAAUGGCCCAGAUCCCAAAACUCAAGGAUGAGAUCGUCAAGACCUUCUUGGCAAACGCUCCAUCGACGAUCGAGUAUAUCCAGAUGGCCGUCCUCUUUCACGACUCUGAGGAUUUGGAAGCAAUGAGCGAGCCCUGGCUCUCCAAGUACUAUGGCAAGACCACGGACCACCCGGCUCUCACAGUCGUUUCGUUCAACGGCCACAUGGGCGACCGAGUACCCCUGGUUCUCUCCGAGGACUUUCUCCGAUCUGCACCACAGUUGAGGGCGAUUGAGUUUUUGCAGGAGAACAGUCCAAGGACAGACUGGGUCACCAGCGGCGCCUUGCACGACACGAUCCAGCGGGCAACCUCUCGAUCUCUCAAAAUGUUGUCUUCUCCUAGCCUCAAGAACUUCUCGGACAAGGAUAUUGCUCAGCACAUCACAACAGGACAAGGGAUCAGAGAUGACGGAAACCAACGGUGGUACUCUCUUAACCUCAAGGGCUGCACAAAUGCAGGAUUUGCGACCUCUCAAGCAAUUGUCAACACCUGCCAAGAGGAUCUGACGGAGUUGACAAUUGUGGGCUGCGAGGCGAUGGACAGCCAGGAUCUCCAGGCGAUUCUCGGAUCUGCUGUUCAUUUGCGGUUACUGGAGGCGAGCCUUAUUGGUGACUAUGUCGAAUCUUGUCCCAGGCUACUGGCACAGGAUAUGCUCCUUUCAACAUGGGCUUGUCGGUGGCUCCGGACCCUCAGCGUCGAGAUUGGUGGUAUUCCGAGACCAGAUAUCAAGGAGGACCAGCAUGGCGAACCUAUUCCAGAGGGUCAUCCGAUGCACAACGGGACGGACGAGGAGAGCCAUGUUAUCCAGAGACGGAUCUACCGACAGCUGGGUAGCCUUGUAUACCUGGAGGAGUUGUACUUGGGCAACAGGCAUGGCGAGAAUCAAUUAAAUUGUCUAUCGAUGACAUUAGAGAGUCGCUGCAAGGCCAUUGCUGUCUCCACCGGUCGGCAAUGCACCCGCUCAGGCAAACUCGACGGUUACUGCUCGGAAAAGCACAAGGAGCAGGCAGGCACGCCUUAUGGUGGCCGCAAGCCGGGCGCAAACCCUUUCACCGACUCUGAGGCAGAGAAAGAGGACGAGGACGAUAAGCCCAAGGCCUCCAAGGCCACCAAGGCAUUGAAGGCUCUAGGCAUCAAGAAAUCGGCUGCUGUCGACGACAACGACGAUACUGUGAGACCUGCGCCUGUCCCUAUCGCCAAACCUGAUCCCAAGGCCGCCAUCAAGAAGACUGCUGCAGCCAAGGCUACCAAGACUAUUGCUCCUCGCAAGGCUGCCUCUGCCGCUCGCAACAAGAAGAUCAUCGAGUCCUCUGAUGAGUUUGAGCCCGAAUCCGAUGGCGACUUCGUCCCUGGCGACAGCGAGGACAGCGACUCGGACGACGAUCACUCUGACGACGAUGACUUUGAUGACGAUGACUCUGACGACGUGGAUGAACUUUCAGGAAAGAUGGCAUCUAUCAAGAUCCAGCCCAACAAAUCCGCAACCCCCGCUCGUACUGAGGAAGAUGGACCCCUAAAGACCAAGAUCAAGCACACAAAGUCUAAGAUCUUCAACACCAGCGCAGUUUUGGCUCCUCCCAAGAACAAGACAAAGUCCAGUUCUGCCUCGGGGCAUCCCACGGGAGGAUUUUGGGUUCCUGCCCCCGCUCCCGUCAAGCUCUCUGAAUCAACUAUCAAGACCCUCUCAGCCAUCAAAGAGAAGCUAUUGGACCGCCGCGACAGCGACGACGCGGUGACACCCAUUACGAACCCUCACGCUGCGCCCGAAAGGGAGCCUUCUGGUUUCUUCAAGUACAAGGUUAAGGUGCAAGAGUUCCUGCAUUCUCACGAGGACAAGGAUGAUCCAGACUCGAAGCGUGCCUCUGUCCGUCGUCUGUUCCACAACAUUGGCUCGCUCUUCAAGCCAAAGACGAUCGACACGCCUACACCUGAGAAGGAGGAGAAGAAGACGCCUGUUGGUGGUAUGACGGCGACAAAGCCGGAGAAGCGCAGAGGAUCUCAGGACAGUGUGGACUCGAUCACCAAGAACAUCAACGACCUGUCCGUCAAGGCUGACGAAGAUGCUGACGACGAGAUCCCCAACCAAUGUCACGGUUUCAACACGAACGGACACCGUUGUAAGCGUAAGGUCAAGUUGGAUCGUCCUCAGGAAAAGGGUGAAGUCUUGAUGUGCCACGACCAUGAGGUGAACGAUGAGGAUGAAGUUGUCGUUCACAUCGAGGGCAAGGGCGGUGUGCUCCUUCAAUGGCUCGACGUCUCUGAAUGGGUCAACCCUAAUCUGCCUGACUAUGUGCAGAACAAGCUCAGGGCGGCCAUGGAGAGACCCACCUCGGAAAACGAUAAGCCUGGAUACAUUUAUGCCUAUCAGCUCUUGGAGACACGCUCGACGGGAACUCACACGUUGUUCAAAGUGGGACGCACCGACAAUGUGUAUCGCCGCAUGAAUGAGUGGUCAGAUAAGUGCGGCUCGCCACCAAUCCUGCUUGAGGUCUUCCCCGAACAAGGAGCAUUGGCGCCCACGGACGAGAACGACUUGGCAGAGACAUCGAAACCUGAGGAUGACAAUGUGAUUACAGGAUUUAGGUGCCGAUAUGCUCAUCGUCUGGAGCGGUUGAUUCAUAUCGAGUUAAAGCCGUUCCACGACAAGAAUCAUACGUGCCCAUGCAAGACGAAGCAUAUGGAGUGGUUCAUGAUCCCCAACCAACCUGGUCUGAGCGAGAAGCAGCAAUUGAAGCAAGCAUGGGCGCAGGUCCGGCGUGUGAUUGUUCACUGGACCACCUACAUGGAGCGCGUCUACGGACCUGGAUAA